UAUUGAAAAGAAAAAGACCAAAAACCCCCAACUUUCCUCCCUCCCUCUAAUGCGCCAAGUUCUAACUCUCCUCCUUCACCGCUGCACCGGAAACCCUCCGGCGCCGCCGUUUCUCGUGCGCCGAGCGCAUUACAAGGCCCCACAAAAGGCAGCGAAACCGCCGUCGCCUCCGACGCCGCCGAAGCCGCCGAAACCGCCGCAGAAGCCCCAGAGCUUCAGCUUCCACGACCAGACAUGGGAGGAUCCGUACAGCUGGAUGUCGAGCUUGAACGACAAGGUCGCCAUGCGGCACAUGGACAUCUACAUGGAGCAGGAGGAGAAGUACGCCGAGGCCGUCAUGGCUGAUACCGAGCGCCUACAGAGCAAGCUCCAGUCGGAAAUGGCCUUUCGCCUCGCCUACGACCUCUCCACUCCUCCUCUCCGCUGGGGACCUUGGUUGUAUUACCGCCGCGCGGAGGAAGGGAAGCAAUAUCCGGUGCUCUGCCGGAGGCUCGCGAGCUUGAACGAGGAGUUUAUUUCACAUAAAUCGCCUUCGGCGGGGUUUGAUUUCGCCUCGGGGAAGAGAAUUGAACAGAAGCUGAUUGACUAUAAUCAAGAAGCUGAGAGAUUUGGAGGCUAUGCUUAUGAAGAGUUAUCAGAAGUUUCUCCGGAUCAUCGGUUCCUUGCGUACACAAUGUAUGAUAAAGACAAUGACUUUUUUAGAUUAUCUGUAAGGAAUUUGAAUUCUGGUGCAUUGUGUGGAAAGCCCCAAGCCGAUUGCAUUUCGAACUUGGCAUGGGCCAAAGAUGGCCAAGCAUUACUUUAUGUUGUCACUGAUCAGAAGAAGAGGCCGUACAGGAUAUACUACAGCAUGAUUGGAUCGACCGAUGAUGAUGUUUUGCUUCUCGAAGAAUUGGAUGAGAAUGUCUAUGUUAACAUUAGACACACGAAAGAUUUCCGCUUUGUGACCGUGAAUACAUUCUCUCCUACUUCUUCAAAGGUCUUUCUGAUAAAUGCAGCUGACCCCUUGUCUGGCUUGAAUUUGAUUUGGGAGUGUGAUGGUGUAGCCCACUGCAUAGUUGAGCAUCAUCAAGGGUUCCUUUAUCUAUUUACUGAUGCUGCCAAAGCAGGCCAACCCGUUGAUUUUCAUUAUCUUCUUCGUAGCCCUGUCGAUACUUCUACCGGUCCAAGAAUAUGGGAGAAUGUAUUCAUCGAUGACCCUCAUUUGGUUGUUGAGGAUGUUGACUUCUGCAAUACACACUUGCUACUUAUUCUAAGGGAAGGUCGACAAUUUAGACUUGGUUCAGUUACUCUACCUUUGCCUGCUGGGAGGGGACCGGUUUCUCUCAAAGAGCUUCACCCACAUUACCUGCCUCUUCCAAAAUAUGUUUCUCAAAUUUCACCUGGAAUGAUUUAUGAUUACUUCUCAUCAACUAUGCGCUUUACGAUAUCAUCCCCUGUGAUGCCUGAUGCCAUAGUUGAUUAUGACCUAUCCAAUGGGAAAUGGAACAUUGUUCAACAGCAGAAUAUUCUUCACGAGAGAACAAAAGUUUUGUAUGGUACAUCUUCUUUGUCCAGUAUCUCCAAACAUACCUUGAAUAGCAAAACUGUUGAUACCACAGAUGAAGUCAGAUCAGAUGAUGCUAAUUUGUGGAAUGAUCUCUCUGAGUUUUAUGCGUGUGAGCACCGUAAUGUCUCAUCUUAUGAUGGAGUUGAGGUUCCGUUGACUAUUAUUUACUCCCGCAAAAAUGAGAAAGAAGGUCAAUACCCUGGGCUGCUUCAUGGUCAUGGAGCCUACGGUGAGCUACUCGAUAAACGGUGGCGCAGUGAACUGAAAAGCCUUCUUGAUCGCGGUUGGAUUGUUGCAUAUGCUGAUGUUAGAGGUGGAGGGGGCGGGGGUAAGAAAUGGCAUUAUGAUGGUAGACGUACAAAGAAGAUUAAUUCCAUCAAAGAUUACAUCUCCUGUGCAAAAUACCUUAUUGAGAGAGAGAUUGUCCAUCAAAACAAGCUUGCUGGUUGGGGUUACAGUGCUGGUGGACUUUUGGUUGCUUCAGCCAUUAAUAGUUGCCCUGAUUUAUUCCGUGCUGCAGUUUUGAAGGUUCCAUUUCUAGAUGCAACAAAUACUCUUCUUUAUCCGGUUUUACCAGUUACUGCUGCUGAUUAUGAAGAAUUCGGAUACCCGUGGGACAUUAAUGAUUUCCAUGCUAUACGUGAAUAUUCUCCUUAUGACAACAUUCAGAAGGAUGUUCCUUAUCCAGCUCUCUUGAUAUCAUCAUCUUUCAAUACAAGAUUUGGCAUAUGGGAAGCUGCAAAAUGGGUUGCGCGGGUCCGCGAACACACAAUUUAUGACCCAAAACGUCCAGUUUUGCUCAAUUUGACCACAGACAUAGUGGAGGAAAACCGGUACCUCCAGUGCAAAGAAUCAGCAUUAGAAGCUGCGUUUCUUAUGAAGGUGAUGGAAUCUUAGAUGCCAUUGUACAACCCAAUUGAUCUCAGUACUAGUUUAUCUCACCUAGUCAGAGAAGCUAACCAUGAGAAGGAGAUAUAUCUUUGGGAUCUGAGAUAAUCAAAUGGAUGAAGACAAGGCCAACUUUCAAUAGUUGGUGCAUGCUCAAAAGCCAAUUCAAGUAAUUGGUUGUGGGUUGGUUUUUCUUGUUGAGACGCCAAAGAGAUAUCGAUACAUGUCAACAGUCAACAUACCCACUUAGUUAAAUGAAAUACGUCAGAAAAUGAACAAUUUUGGUCUUGAAUAUGUUCUUAAACCUUAUCCCGUUCUCUUCUGAUAAUGGUUUAUUAAUUAAGAGAAGCAUAUAUUGUGUGUAGUAUUUUUUAACCAUUUGUAGCGUGUUCUUGAUAGCUACUGACGACUAAGAUAAGCAAAAUCUUCAAAAUCCAUUUGUUUAGUAGCCAACAAUACUUCAUAGGGCUCAAGCUUGUCAACGAAUCACUGUCACCAACCACCACAUAAAGGUUACUCUUACAGAAGUCAGCUUCUCCCAUUAACCUUCCCUAAACAAUUUUUG